UCCAAAAAGAACUUGGACCCCUAUUGGAGGGAAGAAGCGAGAAAUUUGAAUAUUAAUUUCGGUUUCUGUCUGGUUUUUUAAAAAAGAGGGAUACGUUGUAAAUGGUAGUGGAAGGAAUGAGUAAUCUUCAAGACCCUUGACCAUGAUCAGCCUACAAGUUGUUAAUCAUUACCAAAAAUGGUAAACUUACGUCUGGCUUGGAGUCUAAUAGCGAAGGCCAUGUUAGAAAGAAGAAGAUAACCUCGAAUAAUUGACAAAGAAAGAUGCUUCAACGGCUGAAAGACAGUUAGUAAUUUGAAAGUGUCUCGAAAAAUAGGUAAAAUUUAAUAUUCAAUCGAGCUGUGAUAAUCGUUUAAUCGUUGUUUUAUUUUUACGAAUGCAGUAAAUAGUUAUGGACAUGGCUGAUAUUUUGCAAGUGGGCUCGAGCAUUAACAUCAAACGGACAGAUGGGCGAAUUCAUUCAGCUAUCGUUGCCGCUAUCAACGACGAUUUGCGAUGCGCCACCGUGGAAUGGUUCGAACAAGGCGAAACGAAGGGAAAAGAAAUAGAUAUGGCCGCUAUAGAGUCCCUAAAUCCAGAUAUAAUCAUCCUUAGGCACGGCGAGAAACCCGCCGUUCAAGACAGGACUAUUACACAAGCACAAGCGCAGUUUAACAAGCUCCAGCGCGACCCUACGAGACAGUCCAUAGCUAGUAGCAUCAAACAGAAUAAUGGUAUAAGUAUAAAGUCUGCACAUCAAUCCCGUAUGACCUUAGGGGCCAAUAAUGGCCAUACGUUGACUUCAAGCAGCGAACCGAAAGAAAGCAACAUACCAACGAGUAGAAUGACGGCCGCUCAAAAUUCCAGAAGAAGCAAUGUAGUUAAGGAAGUAGAAAAAUUGAAGAAGAACAGGGAGGAGAGGCGACAAAGGCAAGCCGAGGAGAAGGCUGAAAAGGAGGCCUUUAUGCAGAUGGCCCCUGGAAACCCACACUGGGAGCUCCUAAACAUGAUUCUAGAAUAUCGUAAGGGCUUGGAUAUAAAGCCUUUAACAGAGAAUGAUCCCAUAGAGGAUCACCUGAUAACUGUCUGCGUGAGGAAAAGGCCUUUGAACAAGAAAGAAAUAUCUAGGAAAGAAGUAGAUGUAAUAACGAUUCCCAGUAAAAAUCAGUUGAUUGUACAUGAACCAAAAAACAAAGUAGAUUUAACAAGAUAUCUGGAAAACCAGCUGUUCAGGUUCGAUUAUGCUUUUGAUGAAUCCUGCUCAAAUGAAUUGGUCUACCGAUAUACGGCGCAACCCCUAAUCAAAACCAUCUUCGAGGGAGGUUUCGCCACGUGUUUCGCCUACGGCCAAACCGGAUCCGGUAAGACCCACACCAUGGGAGGUGAUUUCACUUCCGGCAAAAUUCAAAACUGUGAAAGGGGAAUCUACGCCAUGGUCGCCGCCGACGUAUUCCGAUUGGUCAAUUCGCCCAAGUAUCGGAAUCUCAAUAUGGUCGUAUCGUCGAGUUUCUUCGAAAUAUACUCAGGCAAAGUUUUCGAUCUAUUGAACAACAAAGCGAAGCUGAGGAUAUUAGAAGACGGUAAACAACAGGUCCAAGUGGUCGGUCUUGAAGAGAAAGUGGUCAACAACGUCCAAGAAGUGUUAGGAUUCAUCCAGAAGGGAAAUGCAGCACGUACAUCCGGUCAGACCUUCGCCAACAGCAAUUCGUCGCGAUCGCACGCGGUAUUUCAGAUUUACUUGAGAUCCAACAACAACAUGUCGAAGAUCCAUGGCAAAUUUUCAUUAAUAGAUCUUGCCGGUAACGAAAGGGGAGCCGACACGUCAUCGGCCAACAGACAAACCAGAAUGGAAGGUGCCGAAAUCAACAAAUCGCUAUUGGCUUUGAAAGAAUGUAUCAGGGCGUUAGGUCGCAAGGGUGCCCAUCUACCUUUUAGGGUUAGCAAACUUACACAGGUGCUAAGGGACUCGUUCGUGGGCGCCAAUUCGAGGACUUGCAUGAUAGCGAUGAUCUCGCCGGGAGUGAAUUCGUGCGAGCACAGCUUAAAUACGUUACGGUACGCCGAUAGGGUGAAAGAAUUGGUCGCAGGCGAUGUGCAGACGAACAGCGGAUCGGACAAUGAAACUGACGACGAUGACGGCGACCUGCUGCAGCUGCGAUCCUUAAACGAAAACGAUAUGACGCCCGAAAUGCUCAAUUUGCAUCAGUUUAUUUCUGAGUUGGAAAUCGCCGAAGAAAAUAUGUUGGACAACCAGAAGGAAACCAUUGACGAGAUGCAGGCGGCGCUAGCGAAAGCCUCCGAACUCCGUCGAACCGCCGACACAGUGGCGUACGAUCAAGAGGCGUACUGCAAGAGCUGGGAAGAACUGAUCGACAACUCCCUCGCUUCGUUGGUGCGCGCCAAAGAAGUCGUCGAAGAUUACAAACAAAAAUUGGCGGCCGAGGAACAACUCAGCCGUAAAACGACUAAACGAAAGUAAACAAAAAAAUAAUAUUAUAAUGAAGAAGAGAGAGUUUAAACCAUUAAUUCCGCCACGUUCGAGAUACACGAGUCUUUUUGGGGUGUCGUUUGGGCGUUUUUUUCGGUGAAAUUUUGAGUUGAAAGUUUUGUAAUGAGACUUAGAAAUGUAAUAAAUAUAUACGUAAGUUUGCUUUUUAGGAAGUAUUAAGAUUUAGAAACGAUGGAUCCGUUUACCGACUGAGAUUCGUUAAAUUUUGAUGACAAGUGGCAGCUUUGACAGAUGCCAACGUCAUAAUAUUGUACCAUACAUUAUACAUCCAAUGUUUUAGUGCAAAGAUUGAUUUAAGUCACUUUUGACAGCUUUGAAAAAUUAAUAUGUCAAAGAAUAAAAUUUGUUCACAUCUAUUAUGACAGUCAAAAUGUGACCUUUUUAUUAAGCACUCGAAACUUUUUCGUUAUUUUUAAGCUUGGUACAUUAGAACUACUAACUUGUAAUUAGUUGAUUUUUGCCUUUUUGUACCAAACUUCUUUAAAAUUACCAAAAAUUAGUAAUAAACGUUUGGUACAUUUGAACUACUACCUUAUAACUUGUCGUUUUUUGCAGUUUUAUGACUCGAAUUAUUUUAGAACCUUUAAAAAUUAAUUCAUGAAAAUUUUGUACAUUUGAACUACUACCUUAUAAAUUCGUCUAUUUUUGCAGUUUUA